CUCAACGACUCAACCGGAGCUCUGCUGCAGCCGCCGCGCGGCCGCGACCGAGAGAAGAAGAAAAAAAAAAAACCACGGUAACAGAUAAAGAGAAAUGCAGAGUCGCUGAACAGCGGAGCGGCAGCGGCAGUCGGCAGCGGCAGCGGAGAGAAGAGCGCGACAGAUCACGGAACCCACCCCCACCCACCCAACCAGCCAGCCCUCGCCUCGCCUCGCCGCGCCGCAUGGCCCCGAAGCGGCCGGCCGAGGAGGCCGCGGCGGCGGGAUCGGCGUCCGAGGGCUCCGAGGCGGCGGAGGCGGCCCGUGGCCACGGGUCGUCGCCGUCCCCGUCCAAGACCCCGCCGCCAGCGAACCCUAACCCUAAGUUCGGCGCCGGCGCCGGCGUCGCCGCGGCGGCGGCGGCGGCAGCUCCCCACGCCUCGGGUGCCGGAUCCGACUCCGGGGCCGCCUCCGACUCCGACGGCGGCGCCUCCAGGAGGGAGGCCGCCUCGCCCAGGGCCGGGAACCCCGGUAGGCCGCGCUCCGUCGAGGUCAAUUCCGACUCCGAGAACUCCGCCCUGCCCGUGGCGUCCGACGCCUACGCGGACCCGGCUGCCGGCGCCGACUCCGACGAGGGGAACGCCUCGCCGCCCCCGCCCCCGCGCCCCUCCCGCGCCGAGGCCGCCGCCAUCAAGCCCAUCAGCUCCCGCCCCAUGGACCCGCCCCGCCGCUCCAUGGGCGCCUCCGAGUCGCGCGCCAAGCGCCCCCGCACCGCCGCCGUGGCCUCCUCCGCGGACCACUCGAAGCGGCCGUCGCGGGUCUGGAGCCAAGCUGACGAACUUGUCAUCCUGCGCGGCCUCAUCACGUACCGUGCCAAGCGUGGGGUGCUCCCUGGCUCAACGCAAGACAUUGACAAGCUCCACAGCUACAUCCGUAGCCAGCUCAGUGUCAAGGUAUCAAUCACACAGCUCAGUGAUAAGGUCCGGCGCCUCAAGCAGAAAUACCAAUUGCUUGCCACUCGUGCCAAGACUGGGAGGGAGGACUUCCCCACUCCACAUGACCAGAGUAUCUACGAGGUUGCCAAGAAGGUUUGGGGGACAAUGAGUAUAGCUGGUGAUGGAGGAGGAAGUGGGUAUGAUAAUGUUGAUGCUGGUGAGAGCGAGGACGAGCGAUAUGGCGAAGAGAGUGAUGAUGAUAUGGAGUGUGGCCGGGAUAACCGUCAACGCAAGAAUCAGAGGUUGAUGCCAGUUACUAUGGCAAAUGGCAAUGGGACUGGAAUGGGUGCCGUGAAUGCCAAUGUGAGAGGCAGGAGUGAUUUUGAGAAAGGGAAGGAUGUAUAUCCCUACCUGUGGGAAACUGUUGAGGAGCUGUCUAGCCAGCAUCCAAGUGGAGCAGUGUUCAAGAAGGCGUUUGAGUUGCUUGAAGGAUCGAAAGCACAGGUGAUGGAGGAAAAGCUGCGAAAGUUCAGGUUGACAGAGAUGAGACAGCAAUUGCGUCGGAUGGACCUGAUGAAGGAUACACUGAGUAUGGUACUUGAUGCUCUGGAGAUGGCUGACUGAGUCCAUGGGUGAUAUUUGGUGAGUAGUGCAUUAUUAAAAGGGGCGCAAUUAGUGUCUUUUUUGUUUCUAGAUAGAAUCUCUGUGGUUAGUUAAUUACUUUUAUGGACAAGGUUGCACAUGCCUCAGUCAAAAGUUAGGGAUAGAACAAGGAAGAUAUGGUGUUCACCUUGUUAUUCUGAAUCAAUGUAUUUUGUGAUGCUUAGGUGCUAACUUUGCGUUAUAUGCUAAACGUUUCUGUUGUUUA